AUGAACACCAUAGAAAAGGCCGUGAGGAAAUUAAUAAUUCUCUAUUCAGAGCAAGGUUUAGCUGCCUUCCUCUUUCUUCAGUGCGAUUCUGCCUAUAAGCUGGUUUGUUACUUCACAAACUGGGCCCAGGCCAGGCGAGGGGCACUUUGUCCCCCACAUCUCUGCACCCACCUCAUUUAUGCCUUUGCCAACAUAAGCGAAAAUGAGAUCACUACCUCCAUGGAACGACCCAAUCGCUGGACAUUUAUUCGCUCAGUGAUAGAAUUCCUGAAGAUGAACAAAUUUGAUGGCUUCAGUCUCUAUUGGAUCUAUCCAGAGGGGAAGAAUAAAGGACAUUUCACUAGCUUGAUCCAGGUGCAGGCUGUAGAUUUCUUGACCUUUGACUUCCAUGGUUCCUGGCAAAAAGUCACAGGACAUGUCAGCCCAUUUCUCCAGGGCAAAGAAGACUCCAAAUCCUCUUCUUACUAUAAUGUUGACUAUGCUGUGAGAUACUGGAGGAGCAAGGGUGCCCCAGCUGAGAAGCUCAUCAUGGGAAUCCCCACCUAUGGACGGUCGUUCGCCCUCUCCUCCUCCAAGACAGGCAUCAGUGCGCCCAUCUCUGGGCCUGGAUCACCCGGCCCAUUCACUCAAGAGGCAGGAUUAUUGGCCUAUUAUGAGAUCUGUACUUUUACACCAGGUGCCACCACCGAGCGGAUUGUGGAGCAAGAGGUCCCGUAUUCCUACAAAGGAAACCAGUGGGUAGGGUAUGACGACGAGCAAAGCAUUACAACCAAAGUUCAGUAUUUGAAGAAUAACAAGCUGGGAGGUGCCAUGAUUUGGGCAGUGGACCUGGAUGACUUUGAUGGCUUGUUCUGCAGCCAGAAGAAACCAUAUCCUCUAAUAGGAACUGUGACAGCAAAGCUGAGCUCCGGCAAUUGA